AUGUCACGAUCACCACUGGAAAAAUUUAGAACUAUCUUCAAGAGAAGUUCAUCAAACUCAAGCCGCAGUAACAGCACUCAGAGUGAAAAUAACAGCUUAACAAUGGGGGGUGAAAACUAUGAUUAUGACGAACCACCUUUAACACCGUUGGAGUUGCAUGGCUACAAAAGUACAACAAAACAUCGUUUACUGAACAAAGAGUUAGCAGAAGAGUUGAGGCAGCAUGUUCCAGCUUUAUUACAGAUUAGCCAUGAUUGGGAAUUGCUUUACUCGAUUGAACAGUCAGGCACGUCGUUACAAACAUUGUAUGACAAAUGCCAACCUCAAAUAGGAGAGAGCGUGAAUCGACGUAGAGGGUAUCUGAUAGUGGUCCAGGAUACAAGGAAAAAUAUUUUUGGUGCAUAUAUCAACGAGCAUCUAAGGCCUCUAGAUAAGAAGAUAUACUACGGAAACGGUGACUGCUUUCUUUGGAAAUUGGAAAAGGGCGAUGUUAAAGACCUGAAUAACAAACAUCAAUCCAUAGAGAAAAAGGGGGUAUCCCUGAAUUUGAAGGUUUUCCCAUUUACAUCAGUUAAUGACUUUGUCAUUUAUUCCAAUAACCAAUUCAUUAGUGUUGGUUCUGGUGACGGCAAAUUUGGUCUUUGGAUAGAUUCAAAUUUAUCAAUUGGUGCCUCCGAUUCAGUCGAUACUUUUGGAAAUGAGCCUUUGUCUGAUAGAAAAAAGUUUUAUAUACUAGGACUGGAGAUUUGGAAAAUAUGCUGA